UAACGGUACGUCCGAAUGUAUCUCCCGGUGAUAUUAUCUUCGUCACAUGACACCUGAAUGUCAGCACAAGAAACAGAGGGAAAUCAAUAAGUACAGUUGAAGAAAGAAAGUCUGCUCAUCGGACACACAACAGAACGAAAAUCUGGAAGAGGAUUCAGUGGAUACAAAAUGCUGCGAAGAAAUCCUUCUGAGGUGUCUUCGGCGCGAAAGACAGAACUCGAUAGCUUUGAACAUGACAACGAUAAAGGAUCGAAAAUGAAACGUCAAAAAGAUUCGCAAACGAAAGCAAUUUUUUGCUGCCUGGCCAUAAUAGCGUUGCUCGGGCUAUUAGCAAAGGUUCGAGUCAAUCACAUGCAGAGAUAUGUACCAAGAAGACUUCGAAAACAAUCAAACCACCACAUACCCGGAGAAAACAAAGUGGGAAAUUCCAACACUAAAAGUGCGAAUGAUUUCCUUCCGCCAAACUCGCUCUACAAGCUGAAGGUCGAAGACAUUCAUGGCAAAAUCGUGAACUUUUCUAGCUUCCGAGGAAUGGUUACGUUGAUCGUCAAUGUAGCCUGCUCGUGAGGCAAGACACACAUUUCAUACACCGAAUUAGGUAUGUAAGAUUCGUCUGGAGUUGCUGGCCCUUGGUGGUGAUAUAAAGAUCGCAAUAUUUCGCUUUCAAUAAAUACUAAUUUUUCUUUCGGCUCUUUUCCUUGGCAAUGAAUAUAUUCAUCCCAAAUUCGUUCUCGUACUUCCGGGCACCUCAAUGACGUUAAGCCGAGUUGCAAAAGAAGUACCGUAGCAAGGGUUUUUCGGUUUUGGCUUUCCCAAUUAGUGAUUUCCAUCAAGAAUUGGGGUCCAAUGAAGAAAUCCUUUCGUUCGUGAAGGAGAAUUUCCCGCAAGUUGAUUUUCCUCUAUUUAGCUUGAGUACACUUAACGAAAGCCCGGUCUAUAAGAAUAUUCGGAAACAGAAGCCAGAUAAGCAUGUGAAAUGGAAUUUUUAUAAGUUUCUUGUGGACUCGAAUGGUCAAGUUGUUGAUUCGUACGAUAAGAAAGUUCGCCCAUUGCAAAUAGCAGAUCGUAUUGAACAACUUAUAGCUGAAGUCUCCCGAGAUGGUGGACAGAAGCUUGUGACGUCUUGAACCCUAGAAGAAACACGAUAUAAGUACAGUGAACAUUCUGUGGAUGAAGAGCAAGGUUUAGCGAUAUUGGUCACAUGAUCAAAUACAUCAUACUAUCCUUGUUCCGAGAACAGUUGUUUUCAUUGUAAAUAUGUGUUUCACCAAGACGAGGUGUUGUGUUGUUCGAUCACAUUAAUUCGAUGAUAUUGGGUGAUUCCCGUAAAUAUAGAAUCUAUGUAAUU